AUGAUCAAUCUUCAUCGAGCUGCAUUGUUGAUGGACAAGGAUAUACACCAAGCAAACCUUGCUCGUUACGAUUUGGGUAAGGCCAAUGCAAGCCGCUUAGCAUCAAGCGAGUCUAUCUGUGCCAGCUCUGCAAGAGCCAUCAUUACUGCGUUUCUACAGACCCGAGACAUUACAAAGCAUUCAAGGCUGCAGACAAUGACUGGACCUUUGAUGGCCAUCUAUGUGUUGUCUAUCAACACUUUGAAGAACGCGACCUCGUGGUUUGCUCGCUCAGACCUUGGCUUGAUCUACUCGGCCGCGGAGGCAGUUGAACAAAGAUACACCGCGGAUGGACAAAAUCCUGGAUUCUAUACACUCUUGAAGACCUUGAAACAAUUUGCGUCUCGUGAUACGCUGUCUUCACAUGGUAUAACAAAUUUAAGGGGACCAACAAGGAGAGCUUCACCACAGACCAAUCAGACACAGCUCGAUCCAGAGCUAGGGUCUACAGGCCACGAUUGCAAUCCCAGUACUACACAUCUGACUCAUAUGCAAGACUCGAAUCUAUCAGACGAAUGGGAUACUCUCUUCCCGCGCUUGUACGUCGGCGACUUUGCUUUCGAUGCUGAGGCGUUCGAGGGUAUGGACAUUGAGCACUUGAUGGGCAUCCCGCACUUGUCCUUUGAUGAGCCACACUGA